GCCCCUUCUUCGAAAUUUACGUUUCUAGAUCGAGUUGUUUUCAGAGAAAUCACCAUAUUUAAAUCCGCAAAAAAAUAUAUAGUAUAGAUACAUCUUUGAUGUAGUGACUUUUUUUGUUAAAAACACAUUAUUUAACAUUUCACUCGAUAAAAAAAAAAGCUGAAGUAAAGUCGAUUUUGAAAGUAUUUUAAGUUUUAUGAGACUUGGGAGAACGCAACUUUUAUGAAAAUUUUACAUUUCAUUUACUAAUCGGGUUUGACAGGGAUAUUAUUAGAUAAAUUUGUAAUAUGGCAAAUUAUUUUUUUAAUAUAAAAUAAAUACGUGAAAACGGCACGCGCGCGUCGCGCGCACCGCGCCAGUGUCCUGCCGGACGUCGUCAAGGGAGGACCUAUGCAACUUUUGCUCGCGACCACAAAUUAUCGAUGCCGCGCGCGUAAAUAAACGUGUUGUAUUAUAAGUAAUUAAAAUGGCGAAUAGAAAGAACAAAAUUAAGAAAAAAAGGGUAUCUGAAGUGAAGAAAAUCCGAAAAUGUAUUGCUGCUCUGAGACCACGUACCGAAAAAGGUACUUUGAUGUCCAAAACAAGUACCGAUGGGCACUCUAAAGAAGGACAGGAUGCAAAAACUAGGGAUGACGAAGAUAAUUCCAUGAUUGUUGAAACUGAAAACCAUGAAGACAAACUUCAAAAGACAACUGGAAAAGACAAAGAUGAUUCCAUUAUUGUUGAAACUGAAAAUCAAGAAGAGGAAGAUGAUUACUAUACCGUUGAACCUGAAAUUCAAGAAGACCAGUUCCAAACAGUGACAGGACGACGCGUUAUUGAUAUCAAUUAUUUAUUUAGUCAAUUACAAGAAAAAGCACGUCACAACAACUUGUUCGACUGCAAACAGGAAAAUUUUCAGCUAAUCAGUGAAAAAAGAAUUGGCUUAAUUUCAGUAUUUAAAUUUGAAUGUAAUAUUUGUAAACAACUUUGCUUUAUAAAUUCCGAAAAGACUGAGUCAAAAGUUAAUGUAAAUAUCGCAGCCACCACUGGCAUGGUAGCAACAGGGAUUGGCUACUCACAAUUCGAAGAGCUUUUUUCUGCAAUGAACAUUCCCGUAUUUUCUACAAAUUAUUACAAUCAACUCCAGGAUAAAGUGUACGAAUGUUGUGAAAAAACAGCAGCCGCAUCGAUGCAAGAUGCCGCAGAAGAAGAAAAGAAAUUGGCUAUCGCAGAAGGUCGCACCAAAAAUGGCAUACCAGUAAUUGAUGUUUACGUGGAUGCUUCUUGGUGUGCAAGAUCGUAUGGAUCGAAUUAUAAAGCUGCAUCUGGAACUGCAGCAAUUAUCGGUAGAAGGACCGGUAAAAUAAUUUUUCUGGCUGUAAAAAAUAAAUACUGCCUCGUGUGCGCCCGCGCAGAGAACAAAAAUGUCGCUCCUAACGAGCACAAAUGUUUUAAAAAUUUCCAUGGUUCGUCAUGUUCAAUGGAGGGCCAGAUAAUUGCAGAGGGUUUCAAACUUUCCAUUUCCAUGUAUGGAAUAAUUUACAAAAGAAUGAUUGCAGACGGAGACGCCUCGACAUACGCAAAAGUACUAAAAGAAAAUCCAUAUAAAGACCAAAAUAUUACAGUAGAGAAAAUUGAGUGCAGAAAUCACAUAUUGAGAAAUUUAUGCAAAAAAUUACGUAGUCUAGUUUCAGAAACAAAAUACCUUUUAGCUCAUCGAAAAACUUUGACAGAUGUGAAAAUUAUGUCAAUGAGGAAAGCAAUAGUAAGGUCAGUUAUACACCAUAAUAAAAAUCUUAAGGACGAUGCUGUAACUAUCCUUCACAGUGAUAUAAUCAAUUCUGUAGCGCAUGCAUACGGCGAUCACAGGAUGUGUCAGGAUUAUAACUGUGACAAAGAAAAACUGUAUAGCGACGGACUGAAAACCAUUCGAAAUUCAACAUUUCUGUUCCGGAUAAAUUCGAUUAUUUCUAAUGUGGCAGUAAAAUCACGAAGUUUAAUAGAGAACGUUAUAGUUCGGCCGUUCAGAGAAUGCGUUCCUGACACCUAUCAGUUAGUCAGGACUAGUGAUGGGCACAACAUAACACUGAGUUCGUUACCGUUCCCCCAAAAUAAACCGCCGCAUUAUUUUAAGAUUAUUUUCGUUUUAAAUUGGCGGAAUCAUUUAAAAUUUAUAUUUUAGUUAUUUAAGUGGAAACCAAAAAAAGGUAAUAUUCAUAUAAUAAAAUCGUUUUAUUUAUUCUUUGUUACAAAGUUACAAUCUGUAUUUCUAUGCAAUAAAGUAAGUACAUUGAAUUGAA